AUGGAAAAAUUCUUCAUGAAGCAACGACUAUACAAUCUGAAGAUGCAUGAAGAAUCUGAUUUGAAACAACAUGUCAAUGUCUUCAAAAACAUAUUCAUCUAUCUGGCGAGGCUUGAAGUGAAGAUUGAUGAUGAAGAUAAGACAAUUAUCUUAUUUUGCACGUUACCAAGUUUUUAUAACCACUUGGUGACUACUCUUACCUACAUAAAAGACAUUAUCAUUCUUGAUGUGAUUACUGCUAUGCUUUUGUCUCAUUCUCAAAGGAGACAAAGUGUAAAGGAAAGAACUCAAGGUAACAGUUUGUAUGUGAAAUGGGGGUCAAGAUCGUUGGAGGAAUAA